AGUAGUUUAUCAGAAGGGGGAAGACUUUAGAACAAUGAUCUCAAACCUGGAUGAUGAUGACUUAUACUCAGCAGAAGUUGACCAAACCGUCAAUGGUUCAUUUGUUUAUGGCGCAACUCCAAUAGAAACAACAACGAAAAAUACAUUCGAAACAACUUCCGCUUCAAUAGAGAAAAUGGCUAAAGUUGAAGCAGAGGUGGAGGCGGAGGAAGAUAUAUCGUUGAAUUUUGAGGGUGAAGAUAAAGACACGUUUGUUUUAAUAUCCGGCUUAUGGGGCUUUGAUACUAUCGAGAUAAAUUUACCAGGUGGAAAAAACUACACAAUUGCUGAUUAUUGGAGCGAUGUCAAAGAAAUCGUCGAAGAUCCAAUUAUCGUUAAACCAAGUCCUCUUGGUUCCGUUCAUGAUAGAGCGGUUGAAAUUUUUUAUCAAUUGAAGGGUGGUCAAGUUGACUAUGGACUCUCUCAUUCUCAUCGAUUCUGUCAUAAGCAAUUAGGUCAAACAUAUGAUGGUGUAAUUCCUGAUUGGGAUGCUGAAAAUCCAAUCGUUUUAAUUGGUAAAGGAUAUGGCGCAACAACAGCACUUCAUCUUCAACAUCUUUUAGAAACAAAUUUCUUUGGCCAAAACACUUCAGGAACGUGGAUAAAAGCCAUAAUUUGUUUAUCAGCUCCUCAUCGUGGUUCGACUCUCCCUUACUUACUUGGUCUUGAACCUGGCUCAAAGUGUAUCGUCCAUCCACUUAGCAUCCUUCAAUUUAUCUUAUCGAUGGUUCAUUUAAUUUGCUAUUUUGCUUGUUUGGAGCGUUUUUUCUCAUUCCAGCUGUUGAGUGAUAAAUGGAAUUUGAGAAGGAAAGGAUGUGAUGGUGGCGAGCAAUCAAUAUGGAGUGCCAUUUCUGCUCGCAGUCGAUUUGCUUAUUUUGGUGAUAAUUUUUUGGUGGAUUGGUCGGUUGAAGGUGCUAGGAUGAGGUAUGCUGGCGAGGAGAAGGAUAAACAUUGUUUGAACAGUAGUUGUGUCUACAUCAACUAUAUAACCACCGGUCAAUCAUGGAGAUCAAAAGUCACCGGUUAUUAUUGGCCUCGUUUAAGUUGGAACAACAUACCUACCUUUUUGAUUUCAUUUUUCCUUGGUCGCUACAAAUUUUCUUCUGAUUCAGAACAACAAGUAUUACAAACAUCGUCAUCGACGUUUUGGGAAAAUAAUGGCACUCUCUCCACCUACUCACAAUUACCACCACCUCAUCAACCAAUCCAUAUGAACUUGGUACUAAACGAAAAAUUGUUUGAUCCUGUUGAACAUCAACUGCAACCAGGCGCUUGGUAUAAUUUGUAUGUGGACGAUCGUGCGCACACUAUUUUAUUUGCUGAUAAAAAAAAAAAUCAACAACAAAAAUUAUCAUCGUUAUCAUCGACGAUCUCUCGAUUUCUCCCAUCAAUAAUAAUAAACAAUAAAAAAUUGAUACCACAACAAAUAUAUGAUCUAAAGAUUAUUAAACAAUUCAACGACUCACUUUAUUUUGGAAAUUCUAAUGAAAAUUUCGAAACAUCUGACAAGGCAGCUUUGGAAUGGAUGACUAGGGUUGAGACAACUGGCGUAUUGAGUAGUCCAAGUAGAUUGCUUUAUUGGAUGAAUCAAUCACAUUAUGCUGUUGCGGAUCAAAGAAAUAAAGUUCAACAAAAUGACGGUCCCAUGUUCAUCAGAGCGAGACAUAAAAUGACAGCUGAAGAUUAUAAAGCUACAGUGAUGAAUGGGAAUGGUAAAUUGAACGUUUUAAUUUGA